CCUACCAACAGACAACAGUGUCUUUUCAGCAUGUUCAAGAUAUUUUAUAUUUAUCAAAGAAAACUAUCCAGACACUAAGUUAAAAUAUUUAGUAAACUAUGAGUUAACUCUUUAAAAACAAAGUUCUAAUGAUGUUAAAUACAAUAAAUACUAAUUUCGUUCCAUAGAACAUCACUGUUGCAGAUUAAAAUAUUAGUCUACAGUAAAGUAAUAUGACCAGUUACAUACUAUUCAGUCAUUUCAGUUUAAAUUAUGUCGCGCUGAUGGUAAUACGUUUUUAGGUAAAAGUGUCCGACGAAUGGUCAUAAUUAUACAGUUUAAUAAAGAAUACACGUUUUUAUUUUAGCUUUUUGAAAAACAUUUGGACGGCAGACUGCGACAUGGCCAUAUGCAGAUCGCAAUCGAAUCGUUGCCUUGUUCUGCUAGGACUGGCGAUAUCGAUCUCUAUAGUUUCACUUUUGGUAGUAUUCUCGCUACAUGACGUCGUAAACGAAAUCUCCGACCCGGAAUUCGAAUUGCCCCCGUCGAGUAUGCCGGUGGGCUUGUACAGCAAAGUCGGAGUAGUAUCUAACGGUGGACCGUGUGCACAAAUCGGAGUGGACGUGAUGUCGAAUGGUGGAAACGCCGUUGAUGCUGCUAUAGCUACGAUGAUAUGUGAUGGUGCUCUAUGUCCUCAAUUUAAGGGUUUGGGUGGAGGAUUUUUAAUGAGUAUAUACAAUGCCACAACCAAAAAAGUAAUGUCAAUCGACGCACGCGAAACAGCACCGUCAGGGGCAACUGACUCCAUGUUUGUAAAAGAACCUAAAAAUUCUGUAUUGGGUGGUUUGGCGGUUGCAGUUCCGGGAGAACUUAAAGGCUAUUCGACCAUCUAUAAUUUAUACGGUGGUCAUGUUUCAUGGCCAUCGCUAUUUGAACCAACUAUACAAUUAUGUGAAGAGGGCAUGCUAAUCAGCAACCGUCUAGAGUUAGGUUUAAAGGCAGAAGAAGACUUGAUCAAAAAUGACCCAAUGCUCAGAAAAGCUUUUUUCGACGAACACACUGGGCAUGUUAAGAUGGCUGGGGAAAUGUACACGCUACCAAAGUUAGCAGAAACUAUGAAAAUCAUAGCAAAAGAAGGCGUAGAUGCCAUAUACAAUGGUUCGUUAACGGAGCGAUUAUUAGAAGACCUAAAAACAGUAAACGGGAUAAUCACAAAAGAAGAUUUAGCCAGCUAUAAAGUUGAAGUCGAAGAAUCAUUUUCUGUGAACUUAAAAAAUGGGCAUACAAUACACUCGGGGCCACCUCCUAGUUCUGGCAUAAUACUAGCUUACAUACUCAGAGUGUUGGACGGCAUGUUGCCGGCACCCAACGCCGGCUUAGAUGCACAUCGUUUGGUGGAGGCUUUUAAAUUUGGAUACGGCGAGAGAACACAUUUAGCCGAUCACAAAUUCGUAAACGUGUCUCAAAUAUACGAUAAAGUGAAAUCGGAUAGUUAUAUAGAUAAAAUACGCAGUCGAAUAUUCGAUAAUUUCACUUCAUCAGACCCUAAAUACUAUGGAGGUGAUUUUGAUAUGCCAGAAAAUCACGGAACUGCCAAUAUGGUCGUGAUCGAUUCGAUGGGAAACGUCGUCAUAAGUACUAGUACAAUAAACACAUACUUCGGUAGUGGUUUCAUGUCUCCUAGCACCGGUCUUCUUCUGAAUAAUGAAAUGGACGAUUUUUCUACCCCGGGAGUCGUUAAUUAUUACGGUAUUCCGUCUUCACCGGCCAAUUACAUAGAACCAGGCAAACGACCAAUGUCUUCUAUGUGCCCAACUAUUAUCACAGACAAAAAAAAGGACUUCGUCCUCGCAGCAGGAGCAGCGGGAGGAUCAAAAAUCACGCUUGCAACCGCCUACGUGACUGCUCUUAAAUUAUGGUACAAUAAAACGCUGAAAGAAGUUAUAGACAAACCAAGAAUUUUCCACCAACUUUUACCUAUGCAAGUCCAGUAUGAAUACGGAACGACUAGAGAUGUAAUACAAACACUUAAAGAUAUUGGCCAUCCGGUGAUCCGAUUGUCAAGUACCGGAACUUCAGCAGCAACAGCUAUUGCCAAAUCGGCUUCCGGAAUGAUAGAAGCUAUGCCAGAUUUUCGACGACCAGGAAAUUCAUCUGGAUAUUAAAACUAUUAUAAUCGUUUUUAAUAAAUUUUAAAUGUUGUACAUUUUUGUAUAAUAUACGUAGAUAAUAUCAACAUGUUCUAACAAUUAAAAAUUGUAAUUAUCAACGAUUAUUAAAUUGAAUAUAAUCCAAUAAUUCAGAAAAAUAGCAAUAUAUAUAUAUAUAUAGGUAGUAAAUAAUAAUAAAUUUAGUUUUAUAUUAUUUGAAUAUAAUUUAAUGUUUUAUACCUA